CAGAUGUCAUGUAUUCCAUUGAACACUAUGAUAACGUAAAGCAUUACCUAAUGCUUUACAUAUUCUAACAAGUUUAUUCACCAAGUCUUAGGUGCUAAUACUCCUUUACCUUAACAUGUACACCACAAGAAUGCAAAUGUGUGUGUGUGUGUGUGUGUGUGUACCUUCUGUGGAAAACAGGGUCUUGCUCUCCUGCCAUCAGCAGUCUGACACUCUACUGCAGAGUCAGCAAUCUGUCUCUCUCCUGCUCCCUCUCUCUCUUCUUUCUCUUCACCACACUCCUCCUCACCCUCCUUCUCUUUUCCUUCAUCCCAUUGGAGUCAGGGGUGAAGGGCUCACUAAAAAGAAGGAGUGUGCGUUUUCAUCAGCUCAUAUGUCAGGGGUAGUGUUUAUCAUCGUCCAUCCUCCUCUUUCUCUUUCCAUUCCUCUCCUAGACCCCUCCCCCUACUCAGACUCUCUCUCUCUCUCUCUCUCUCUCUCUCUCUCUCUCUCUCUGGCGCUUUUCAUUCAAAGCUGCUGUCACUGCUGCUUUGCUCAGGCUCUUCUACCCACAGCUUGCAGGAGAGAGCGAUGGAGAGAGCGCAAGCGCUGGCUACCAGCAUUCCACCUGAACGAGAUGAGGACAGACUAGACUAGCACUGCCUAAAACUCUUGUGGAUGCAAUGUUGGAUUGGAUCACCCAUUCCUGCUCCACCGGAUUCAAUCCAUGAGUGCUGGAUCUGAUCCCUUUAGUGGAAAGUCCAGCUUUGGACAGAGGCUGCUGGAAGGCUUACAGUGCAUCUCUUCUGCGCCUGAUUCGGCACCAGAGUGUCAGGUGUGAUGGAGAGUUGAGCAAUUUUGGGAUUUGCAGUCAAGCAAGCAAUAAGGAAUUGGAGCUUGGAUUUGUAGUGCGUGAACCACGGACAGGAUUGUCCAGUCGACUGUAUGGACGUGUUCGGAUUUUCAAAGAUGGCUAAACUGUCAGGCCAUAAGAAUAAAUCCACCGGCUGGCCUCCACCCUCAGGCAGCUGGGCUGGACUGCAGGGAGCUACAUCAUAUGAAUGGGAUUCGACCUCUGCACGUGACAACAGGGACUGCUUCAUCAAUCAAGCGUCUCAGAGUGGUUCUCUGGAAGAGAUGCAUGUGGAGGGUGUUCAGGUCCUUCCUCCUGCUCCUCGCCGAGUCGAGAUGAGGAGAGAUCCCGUGCUGGGCUUCGGCUUUGUAGCUGGUAGUGAAAAACCUGUAGUGGUGCGCUCCGUCACGCCAGGAGGCCCAUCCGAAGGAAAGCUGAUUCCAGGAGAUGAGAUAAUAAUGAUCAAUGAAGAAGAAGUGGCCACUGUACCAAGAGAACGAGUCAUUGAUCUUGUUAGGAGCUGUAAGGAAUCAAUCCUCUUGACUGUUGUUCAGCCAUACCCAUCUCCCAAAUCAGCCUUUAUAAGCGCAGCCAAAAAAGCCAAGCUGAAAUCAAACCCAGUGAAAGUGCGCUUUGCUGAGGAGGUCAUCAUUAACGGGCAGCUUCCGGAUACUGUGAAGGACAACUCUCUGCUUUUCAUGCCAAAUGUCUUGAAGGUGUACUUGGAGAAUGGACAGACCAAGUCUUUUCGCUUCGAUAACAACACGUCCAUCAAGGAUGUCAUCAUGACCCUGCAAGAGAAGCUGUCUAUCAAGUGCAUCGAGCAUUUCUCGCUCAUGCUGGAACAGAGGACGGAGGACUUGGGCAGCAGACUGCUGCUCCUGCAUGAACAGGAGAUGUUAACUAUGGUUACACAGAGGCCAGGGUCACACAAAAUGAAAUGCUUUUUCAGAAUCAGCUUCGUUCCAAAGGAUCCAAUCGACCUUCUCAGAAGGGAUGCAGUGGCUUUCGAAUAUCUGUACGUCCAGAGCUGUAAUGACGUGGUUCGGGAGCGCUUUGGCCCUGAACUGAAGUAUGACGCUGCUCUUCGUCUUGCUGCCCUGCAGAUGUACAUCCUCAGCCUCACAACACGGCCGACACAGAAGUUCUCAAUGAAGUACAUCCAGAAGCAGUGGGGUUUGGCACAUUUCCUACCCCCCUCAGUGCUCUCCAGCAUGAAGGAGAAGAACAUCAAAAAAGCUCUGACUCACAUCCUGAAAACCAAUCAGAAUCUAGUAGCUCCUGGGAAGAAGUUUACCAUAUUGCAAGCAAAGGUUCACUAUUUGAAGUAUCUCAGUGAUUUGAGGUUGUAUGGAGGACGAGUAUUUAAAUCUCUUCUGCUGCAAGGGGAUAAGGAAACAGGUGUUACAUUACUUGUAGGACCGAGGUAUGGUAUCAGUCAUGUUAUCAAUGCCAAGACAAAUCUAGUGGCCCUGCUGGCAGACUUCAGCCAUGUUAAUCGUAUUGAGAUACUCACAGAGGAUGAAGUCAAUGUGCGGGUAGAACUACAUGUUUUGGACGUCAAGCCUAUCACGUUAAUAAUGGAAUCCAGUGAUGCCAUGAACCUGGCUUGCCUAACAGCUGGAUAUUACCGUCUUCUAGUGGACUCACGUCGCUCCAUUUUCAAUAUGGCCCACAGCAGCAGCAGUGGAGAAAUAGACAGUGGCCAGGAUCCUAGAGAACUUGAGUGGCCAUACAGUACCUCUUUGCGUACCUCUGAAGAUCUUAACAAUCAAGACAUCAUACCUUCUUAUCACUCAGAAGCAGACUACCCACAGGAACAAGCAAGAGAGGAGAGCAUAAGCUCUCCUUAUGUUCCAGAGCCCCUGCCACCCCCAUAUCCAGGCCACAGUGGAGAGAGGUCACAAGUUAGAAGCAGAAGCCCCCAACUUCCACCUCUUCCACCUGUAAGGCACCAACCCCAGGACUCUCCCAGGAGUGCUAAGGUGUCCUUUAUAUUCAGAGAUCCUCUUUUGCAUGCUGUAAACCCUCGGAACCUUGGUUAUCACCGCCUCAUGGAUGAGAGUCCUGAGUUGCUAGAACAGCCUUCUUUCAUUUCCAGCAGUGAUGUGGGCUUUGGCAUUCCAGAUGGAGCAACAUUUCAAAUUAGGCCUCAAGUAGUCUAUAGCAACAUUGGUGAGGGGAAAAUCUUUGACAAUGCUGAAGGUAUUGAAGAGCCUCUCUUACAUGAUUUAUGCUAUGCUGAGACCACCGAUGAUGUGGAGGAUGAGGAUGAGGCUAGCUGUGAAGAGGACACACCUGCAAUACCUGGAGAGGGUGAAGUCGGGCUGCCAACAAGCAAGAUAACAUUUCUCACCCUUUCUGGCUCCAGCGACGAUAUUAUAGAUUUAACUGCCCUUCCACCUCCAGAGGGAGAUGAUGAUGAGGAUGAAAAUGAUGCAAUUCUACUUUCCCUAAACAUGGCCAUUGCUGCACCUCCACCUGGGUUCAGGGACAGUUCAGAUGAGGAGGGAGCAGAGAGCAAAAGUCAUCUACAAAGUUGCGCUGACAGUGACAGCAUUCCUGUGUCGCUGAUUGAUGCUGUCCCAACGCAUGGUGAGGGCAAUAGUGUCAGAAUCUUGGAUCAUGCUGUUGUGGAUACACUGCAAGCACUAGAAGCACUUGCUGUAUCUGAGGAAACCACACAGUCUCAGUCUAACAGCACUGCAGGAACUGGCAUAUCACGAGCCUUUAGUCCAGAGUCCUCUUCAGAUUCAGGAAAUGAGACCAACUCCUCAGAGAUGACUGAGAGCUCAGAACAAACUGCAAGCCACAGGCUGUCUGAGAAUGCUAUGCGUCUUCUGGUGGCUACCACCGAGGGAUACCAGCCCCUUCAGGAGGAAAAGACAGAAUUCCCGGUCUCCCCUUGCACCAGAGGGUCUAUUCCCAAGCCACCACGCAGUCCCUCAAGACGCAAAGAGUUGGCUGUUCAAUCUACAGCAGUGCCUUCAAUGCAUAAUCUACCUUCUUCUGAUAAUCCAGAGAUGGAGCCUGAGGCAAAGGCAGAUAGGUCCUUGGGUAAAUAUCUGGUCAAAUCUCACUCAAGUACCCUUUUGAAUACUGGAAAGCGAUUGAAAGCAAUAGCAACUGAGGGAAGACGAAUAAAAAAAAAAGAUGCACCAGGCAAGUAUAACACCUUCAGUGGAAGAGAAAGUAAUAGAAGAAGACAACUGGUUGUGAAAGAAUUCUGUGAAAGAUUUCAAGGACUACAGUCCCCAGUAGAAAAUGAGCCUACAGGGAGUCAGGUUGCAGAAUCUCUUGGUUCAAGAGAGGAUCUAUCUGGGAGUAAUAGUAGUCUCCCAACAAAGAAACUUCUGGAUACUGAAAAGACUGAAAUCUAUAAGGAUGAUCAACAGAUCCUUCCACCAUUACGACAAGGAGUGGCACGACUGUGUGAGUACCACCUAGCCAAGAGGAUUUCUUCUUUGCAAAAUGAAGCUCGGAGUUCCCUUCAGAGUUCCCAAUGCUCAUCUCUGGAUGUUGGCGGCAGUACAGGGAGUAGUGCUUCUGCAACACCAGUGGACUCCCCACUUUGUGCCACUGACUGCAAGAGCUCUUUCUCUGGAUCCUCCUCCUCCCUACUGCUCACAUCAAGGGACCUUCACCCUCAUGCAGAUGCUGCUCUCCUGAGGAAGAUGCUGCCAAAUGUACAUCCUCCGGGAUCCAAUCCAUCCCUCAGUGCUCGACCAUCCAAAAUCAAGGAAACCACAGCUUGCACAGAAGACCGCAGAAUGCUGUUGAGAGGAGAAGGAGACUCACCUGCUAAUUUACCAAGGCAUGUCAAAACCUGUGCCGUCCCUCUACCACCACCACCACCACCACCACCACUAUCACUUCCACCACCACCACCAUUACCUCCUCCACCCCAAUCAAAUCUGUCAAAGAGCACCAGUUACAGUGGGCCAACACAAGAAUCAGUGGUUCCUCUUAGACAGAACCAUGUAACUUCUCAAGGGUUAAAUCAGUGUGACACUGAUAGUCAAAAUCGUGGCAGAGAGAUAAGAAGAAGUACCAGUAUUAUAACUGCUGGCUCUGGAAGUAUUGAUGCACUGAUUGAGAAAUCAAGAGCACCAUCACUGGGCAGAUUUCAGCAAGAUUAUUUGCAAGCAACUGAGCCACAGCUACAAAGAAGGCCUUCCAAGAAGAUGCUGUCAAAAAGCUACUCCCAAGGGUCAGCGGCAUCCCAGACCAUGGGUUGGUCUGUAAGCAACAGGGACAGCAGAACAGAUUGUGUAAUUUUUCCAGUACAAAAAGAUGCAAAGCAGAUGAGAUCUACGCAGAAGCUGGAUAUAAAUCCCUGGACAUGCAAUGGUCCAUUCAGUUACUGUUUCUUCAAAAAGAAAAACCAAUCAGUGGAGGAUGAAGGUGACAUAGGGGAUGGUUUAAGAAGGCAGCUUUGUGGCUUGGAUGAAGCAGGACCUUCCCACUACAACCCCAACCCUGUUCUAGACACAACAGGAGAGCAGCUAUAUGCAGAAGUUUUGAACAACAUGACCUUUGGGGACAGACUGGCUCGCAUUAAUGCCCUGAAAGACCACACGUAUGUAUACCCCGCUGUUUUUUCUGAUGUUCGAAGAGAUGCGAGUGAGCUGAUUGCUGUGGUGCGUUCUAGUGUAGGCAGAAGUGACAGAGGAACCCCACCCAUGCAGACAGAGGAGCUGGCACAGUACAAGCACCUGCUAGCAAUUGAAUCUAAAGCACUUGGGCAGGCGUGCCGCAGGAUGGCCCAAGCACACGGAAGCCCAGAGGAGAUGUUGUUGGCAGUCAGUUCCAGUUUUCAAGUGCUUUGCUGCUUAUCUGAGAUCUGUAUGUGCUUGGUUCGUGGCUUAGGUGCUUCAGCCAGCCAGCAACAGCGUGAGGUUGUGGCUAAGGUUGAUGAGGUGGUCAUGAACUACAUGUGCUUGCUCCGGGCAGCUGAGGGAGCCUCAGGUAGUGCUCCUGGGGACCAAAGUGUUAAAACACUUGAUCGCCAUUCUAGCACCAUGUCAGCUAUCAUCAACACUCUCACCCGCUCUUUGAAAACACUGCUCAACAAGUAGGCCUCUUCUGUCACUGAGUCAACCUUUUAUUUGCAAAGCCAUAAAUGGACAUCUGGGUUGAAUAAAUACCCCAAAGUAAUCGACUGUAACGAAUACUCCUGUGGUGUGCAUAUUUAUUUUUUAUGUUAGAAUGUAUAUACAAAUUAUAGAACUUUUUAAGGAGCUUUAAAAUGAUUAUAUCUUAAAUAUCUUACAAUGCUGUAAUAUCCCAUAUUGCAGUUUAAACCUAGGGGAUCAGAGUAGAAGAUUUUGCUAAAGAGUUGUAAUACUUAGUAUUUAAACUGGCUUCAUAUUGCAAAUAACUAAAUUGCUUUUUUUAUUAAGUUUAUUUAAUUUUAUUUAUUAUUUGACCAAAAUAAAUCAACAACAUAUUGAAACGUACAGCAAAUAUUUACUUAUAUAAUGAUUUCCUGUUUUCAAAAAUAUAAUGACUAAUAAGAAUUUUAAUUGUUCACUUUGUAUUUUCUGACAUGAUGCUUCCUGAGAUUAUAUGUAAAAGUAUUUCACGGUUAUUAGUCAUCUCAAUAUAAUUAAAAAAUUAUACACAUAAUCAUGGCCAUCCUUAAUUUUUAAUCUCCAGAAUACAAUAAAGUGUUUAAAGGG